AUCCCGUGGGUAUCCAUAACACGAAGAAAUGCGACGUCAAAGCGAGUAGCAACCGGAUGGCUCGAGGCGGGGAUUGAAGCAAGCCUGGUGGCGAAAGAAGCAUGCGAGCAUGGCCGCGCCGGCACCAAGGAGAAACAGUUGAACAAGGCGCUGGGCGGCAAGACGGCCACAGAGCGCGGUUUCAUCGCCAAGCGCUACAAGGAGCUGCACAACCAGAGCCUGCGCGACCUGGUGGACGAGGAGACGUCGGGCCACUACGAGUUCCUGCUCAAGCUGCUGGCAUCGCCCCUCCCGGAGGCUGAGGCUGGCAUCCUGCGCAAGGCCACCAAGGGUCUGGGCACAAAGGAGGACCUGAUCCACCCCGUGGUCGUAGGCCGUACGAACGCGGAGAUUAACAUCCUCAAGAAGACAUACUACGAGACGUACGGCGAGGACCUGGGCUCUGUGCUGGACAGCGACCUGCACGGCGACUUCAAGAAGGUUAUCCUGGCGUCGCUGCAGGCCGCGCUGGUGCCGUACGACGCCAACAUUCACAACACCGCCAAGGUGGAAGCUGACGUGGAAAAGCUGUACAAGACUGGUCGUGGCAAGAUGGGCACGGACGAGGAGGGCUUCGUCGGUGUCCUAGCGGCCAGUCCGCCCGAGCACCUGCGCGCUGUGGCCGCUGCGUACGAGAAGAAGUACGAGGAGUCGCUCGUGAAGGCUGCGGCCCACGAGUUCAGAGGCGACUCUGAGAAGGCCGUGCUGUUCCUCAUCCGUAUGAUCACGGAGCCGCUGGAUCUGCUGGCUGAGCUGUUCGAGGAGUCCGACGACGGGACUUUCCAGAGCGAGGACUUCCUCCAUCGGAUACCGUAG